CACGUCCCUCCUGGCCGUGCUAGGGACUACUACAGUACCCAGGAGGCUCUGCUUCUCCUCCUGGGUGUUAUUGCCCUUUUCCCGGUGCUGGACGCGGUAGUGGCUAGCGAGAGUGCCAGGCCUAGGGUUUUCUGUGUCCUUCUCCGGGUCAGGGACCAGCCAGUGACUUGAGUCUUGGGCACUAAGCCCGGGAGCGAGUGCAGCAGGCCGCCGUCCCGUCUGUCCGGUUCACGUCACCCUUCGCUCCCUCUCCUGCUCCACCCGCAGCCACUCGGACGGCUCCAGGACUGCCCAGGGCAGGGGUGGCGGUCGCGGCCCCUGGGGCUGAGGCGAGGCUGUGGCUUCGCUCGGAGCGGCUACAGCAGCAGUAGCACUGGGGAGGAAGAGAGAAGAUGGCGUCGGAGCUGGAGACCGAGGUGCAGGCCAUCGACCAGAAUUUGCUGGAAUGUUCGGCUGAGGAGACCGCGGGGAAAUGGCUGCAAGCAACUGACCUCACUAGAGAAGUGUACCAGCAUUUAGCCUACUAUGUACCCAAAAUCUACUGCAGGGGUCCCAACCCUUCUCCACAGAAAGAAGACAUGCUGGCACAGCAUCUUUUGUUGGGACCGAUGGAAUGGUACCUUUGUGGUGAAGAUCCUGCAUUUGGAUUUCCAAAGCUUGAACAAGCAAACAAACCUUCUCAUCUUUGUGGACGUGUUUUUAAAGUAGGAGAACCUACAUACUCUUGCAGAGACUGUGCAGUUGAUCCAACUUGUGUUUUAUGCAUGGAGUGCUUUUUGGGAAGUAUUCACAGAGACCAUCGAUAUAGGAUGACAACGUCAGGAGGUGGAGGUUUCUGUGACUGUGGUGACACGGAAGCUUGGAAGGAGGGUCCUUACUGUCAAAAACAUGAACUUAACACCUCUGAAAUUGAGGAAGAAGAGGAUCCUCUUGUGCAUUUGUCGGAAGAUGUGAUAGCACGAACUUAUAACAUUUUUGCUAUUAUGUUUCGGUAUGCAGUGGAGAUAUUAACCUGGGAAAAAGAAAGUGAAUUGCCAGCCGAUUUAGAGAUGGUAGAGAAGAGUGACACCUACUAUUGCAUGCUGUUUAAUGAUGAAGUUCACACGUAUGAACAAGUUAUUUAUACUCUUCAGAAAGCUGUUAACUGUUCACAAAAAGAAGCCAUUGGUUUUGCAACUACAGUAGAUCGAGAUGGACGUAGGUCAGUUCGAUACGGAGAUUUCCAAUACUGUGAGCAAGCAAAAUCAGUAAUUGUGAGAAAUACCAGCAGACAGACAAAGCCACUCAAAGUUCAAGUUAUGCAUUCAUCUAUUGUUGCGCAUCAGAAUUUUGGUUUGAAACUUUUGUCUUGGCUGGGAAGUAUUAUUGGAUAUUCAGAUGGCCUUCGCCGGAUUUUAUGUCAAGUUGGUUUACAAGAAGGGCCAGAUGGUGAAAACUCUUCUCUAGUGGAUAGAUUGAUGCUUAGUGAUUCCAAGUUAUGGAAAGGUGCUAGGAGUGUAUAUCAUCAGUUGUUCAUGAGCAGUCUGCUUAUGGAUUUGAAAUACAAGAAACUCUUUGCUGUUCGAUUUGCAAAAAAUUACCAGCAGUUGCAGAGAGAUUUUAUGGAGGAUGAUCACGAGCGAGCAGUGUCGGUGACUGCUCUGUCUGUCCAGUUCUUCACCGCACCUACUCUGGCUCGAAUGCUCAUCACAGAAGAAAACCUGAUGACCAUUAUCAUUAAGACUUUUAUGGAUCAUUUGAGACAUCGAGAUGCCCAGGGCAGAUUUCAGUUUGAACGAUACACUGCUUUACAAGCCUUCAAGUUUAGGAGAGUUCAGAGCCUUAUUUUAGAUCUCAAGUAUGUUUUAAUUAGCAAACCAACUGAAUGGUCAGAUGAGCUGAGGCAGAAGUUCCUAGAAGGAUUUGAUGCCUUUUUGGAAUUACUUAAAUGUAUGCAGGGAAUGGAUCCGAUUGUACGUCAAGUGGGACAACAUAUUGAAAUGGAACCAGAGUGGGAAGCAGCCUUUACACUACAAAUGAAAUUAACACAUGUCAUUUCGAUGAUGCAGGACUGGUGUGCUUUAGAUGAAAAAGUAUUAAUUGAAGCUUACAAGAAAUGUCUCGCUGUAUUGAUGCAGUGUCAUGGUGGUUUUACUGAUGGUGAACAGCCAAUCACGCUAAGCAUUUGUGGACAUUCAGUGGAAACUAUCAGAUACUGUGUUUCCCAAGAAAAAGUUAGCAUUCACCUCCCAGUUUCUCGCUUACUUGCAGGUUUGCAUGUUUUAUUAAGCAAAAGUGAAGUGGCAUAUAAAUUUCCAGAGCUCCUACCUCUAAGUGAACUUAGCCCACCCAUGUUGAUAGAACACCCUCUUAGAUGUCUUGUUUUAUGUGCCCAAGUACAUGCUGGAAUGUGGAGAAGAAAUGGGUUCUCUCUAGUAAACCAGAUUUAUUACUACCAUAAUGUGAAAUGCAGACGUGAGAUGUUUGACAAGGAUAUAGUAAUGCUUCAGACAGGUGCCUCCAUGAUGGAUCCAAACCAUUUCCUGAUGAUAAUGCUCAGCCGCUUUGAACUUUAUCAGAUUUUCAGUACUCCAGACUAUGGAAAAAGAUUUAGUUCUGAGACUACUCAUAAGGAUGUUAUUCAGCAGAACAAUACUCUAAUAGAAGAAAUGCUAUACCUCAUUAUAAUGCUUCUUGGAGAGAGAUUUAGUCCUGGAAUUGCACAGGUAAAUGCUGCAGAUGAAAUAAAGCGGGAGAUUAUCCAUCAGUUGAGCAUCAAACCUAUGGCUCAUAGUGAAUUAGUGAAGUCUUUACCUGAAGACGAGAACAAAGAGACUGGUAUGGAGAGUGUAAUAGAAGCAGUUGCCCAUUUCAGGAAACCUGGAUUAACAGGACGAGGCAUGUAUGAACUGAAACCAGAAUGUGCCAAAGAGUUCAACUUGUAUUUCUAUCACUAUUCAAGGGCAGAGCAGUCCAAGGCAGAAGAAGCUCAGCGGAAAUUGAAAAGACAAAAUAGAGAAGAUACAGCACUUCCACCUCCAGUUUUGCCUCCAUUCUGCCCUUUGUUUGCAAGCCUGGUUAACAUUUUGCAGUCAGAUGUUAUGUUGUGCAUCAUGGGAACAAUUCUGCAGUGGGCUGUGGGACAUAAUGGAUAUGCCUGGUCAGAGUCCAUGCUGCAAAGGGUGUUGCAUUUAAUUGGAAUGGCACUACAAGAAGAAAAACAACAUUUAGAGAAUGCCGUGGAAGAGCAUGAUGUAACGUUUACCUUCACUCAGAAGAUAUCAAAACCUGGUGAAACACCAAACAACUCUGCUAGCAUACUAGCCAUGCUGGAAACACUACAAAAUGCUCCCUACCUAGAAGUCCACAAAGACAUGAUUAGGUGGAUAUUAAAGACUUUUAAUGCUAUUAAGAAGAUAAGGGAGAGUUCGUCUACAAGUCCUGUGGCAGAGGCAGAAGGAACCAUAAUGGAAGAGAGUUCAAGAGACAAAGACAAAGCUGAAAGGAAGAGAAAAGCUGAGAUUGCCAGACUGCGCAGAGAAAAGAUCAUGGCCCAGAUGUCUGAGAUGCAGCGGCACUUCAUUGAUGAGAACAAGGAACUCUUUCAGCAGACAUUAGAACUGGAUGCCUCAACCUCUGCAGUUCUAGAUAAUAGCCCUAUGGUUUCAGAUAUGGCACUUACAGCAUUGGGCCCUGCACAAACUCAGGUCCCUGAACAGAGACAAUUUGUUACCUGUAUAUUGUGUCAAGAGGAGCAAGAAGUUAAAGUGGAAAGCAAAGCAAUGGUCUUGGCAGCAUUUGUUCAAAGAUCAACUGUAUUAUCAAAAAACAGAAGUAAAUUCAUUCAGGAUCCAGAAAAAUAUGAUCCAUUAUUCACGCACCCAGAUCUGUCUUGCGGAACACACACUGGUAGCUGUGGGCAUAUUAUGCAUGCCCAUUGUUGGCAAAGGUAUUUUGAUUCCGUUCAAGCUAAAGAACAACGAAGGCAACAGAGAUUACGCUUACAUACGAGCUAUGAUGUAGAAAAUGGAGAAUUCCUUUGCCCCCUUUGUGAAUGCUUGAGUAAUACUGUUAUUCCUCUGCUGCUUCCUCCAAGAAAUAUUUUCAACAGCAGGUUAAAUUUUUCAGAACAACCAAAUCUGACUCAGUGGAUUAGAAUAAUAUCUCAGCAAGUACAAGCUUUAAAGUUACUUAGGAAAGAAGAAGGUACUUCUAAUACUGCUUCUUCAGAGAAUUCAGAAAAUAUGGAUGAAUUACAGCUCCCUGAAGGGUUCAGGCCUGAUUUUCAUCCUAAGAACCCUUAUUCUGAGAGCAUAAAAGAAAUGCUAACAACAUUUGGAACUGCUACUUAUAAGGUGGGACUAAAGGUUCAUCCCAAUGAAGAUGAUCCCCGUGUGCCCAUAAUGUGUUGGGGUAGUUGUGCGUACACCAUCCAGAGCAUAGAAAGAAUUUUGAGUGAUGAAGAUAAACCGUUGUUUGGUCCUUUGCCUUGUAGACUGGAUGACUGUCUUCGAUCACUAACAAGAUUUGCAGCAGCACAUUGGACAGUGGUGUCACUUUCAGUGGUGCAAGGACACUUUUGUAAACUUUUUGCAUCAUUGGUGCCUAAUAACAGCCAUGAAGACCUUCCAUGCAUAUUGGAUAUUGACAUGUUUCAUUUAUUGGUGGGCUUGGUGCUUGCUUUCCCUGCAUUGCAGUGUCAAGAUUUUUCAGGGAUCAGCCUUGCCACUGGAGACCUUCACAUUUUCCAUCUGGUUACUAUGGCACACAUCGUACAAAUCUUACUUACCUCAUGUACAGAAGAGAAUGGCAUGGAUCAAGAAAAUUCCACUACUGAGGAAGAACUAGCAGUUCUUGCUUUGUAUAAAACACUUCACCAGUAUACAGGAAGUGCCUUGAAAGGAAUGCCCUCUGGCUGGCAUCUAUGGAGGAGAGUCAGAGCUGGAAUCAUGCCUUUCCUGAAGUGUUCUGCUUUGUUUUUUCAUUACUUAAAUGGAGUUCCUUCUCCACCUGACAUUCAAGUUUCUGGAACAAGCCAUUUUGAACAUUUAUGUAGCUAUCUUUCCCUACCAAACAACCUCAUAAGCCUUUUUCAAGAAAAUAAUGAGAUAAUGAAUUUACUAAUUGAAAGUUGGUGUCAUAACAAUGAAGUUAAAAGAUACCUACAAGGUGAAAGAUAUGCUAUAAGCUAUCCAAGAGAAUCUAACAAAUUAAUAGACCUUCCGGAAGAUUACAGCAGCCUCAUUAAUCAAGCAUCCAAUUUCUCGUGCCCCAAAUCGGGUGGUGAUAAAAGUAGAGCCCCAACUCUGUGCCUUGUGUGUGGCACUCUGCUGUGCUCCCAGAGCUACUGCUGCCAGACGGAACUGGAAGGGGACGAUGUCGGAGCCUGCACAGCUCACACCUACUCCUGCGGCUCUGGGGCAGGCAUCUUCCUGAGAGUACGGGAAUGUCAAGUGCUAUUUUUAGCCGGCAAAACCAAAGGCUGUUUUUAUUCUCCUCCUUACCUUGAUGACUAUGGGGAAACUGACCAGGGACUCAGGCGGGGAAACCCUUUACAUUUGUGUAAAGAGCGAUUUAAGAAGAUUCAGAAGCUCUGGCACCAGCACAGCAUCACAGAGCAAAUUGGACACGCACAGGAAGCAAAUCAGACACUGGUUGGCAUUGACUGGCAGCAUUUAUAAUAUCUUCACUACCAAAAACAUAAACUUGGACUUUUGUAACACAGUUGGCUUUUAAAGAGAGAGUAGGAUAUAAGUUCUGAAUUUUGAAAUAAAUUCUUUAUUUAAAUUUUCCUUCCCAGUUUUAUUUUUAUAGUUUCUGGCUCCGGGGACUGAUGAAAAUCAUCUUCCAUGGUCAGAUUUCCUUGCCCUGUUUGCUGUGUCCCCCAAAUGUAAAGCCUUGAGUAUCAGGAUCUGGCGAGGAGCUUCUCUUCCUGGACUAGAGCACAGCCCCUUCAGGGAAGUCUGACUGCGCUCGACUGUUCCCAGAAGUCUGAGCCAUUUUACGUUAUUGAUUAUAGUGAACUCCAGGUUUGAAGCUGAUUCAAUAGAGGGCAGGAAACAAAGUCUCUGUGGUCUCUUGGGGUCACACUUCCUGGUUCCUCUCAACGCUGGGACUGAGUUGUGUUCCUCUCCGCUGAUGGGACCCUACCUCUAAGAGCAAAGCAGUUGAUUUUGAAGGCAAUAUUCUCUUCUCCCCAUCAACUGUGAGAGGGUUGGUGGACACUUGUGCAGAAGGAGCCCGUGGGGAGGAGGUGGGUUCUUAGUGUGCUGGCAGGUUUUCCAGGGCUGUCAAAGGUUGAAUUUUUUUUCUUUUUUGUCAAAACUUUUGGCUUUAAGAGAAAAAACUCAUUUAAAGGGCUUUCUGAAAACUUAAAGAAUAUCCUACUUUUUCAGACGGUAAUAAUCUUUGUUAUUUCUAAGGCUAAAUUGGGUGCAUGGAUGUGUCUAGAAUCAAACACUAGUGAAAAAAGUAAGAACUCAGUGUUUCGAGGGUCCCCACCCCACCUGCCCAGCAUUUCCCAGAAUAGAUGAUAGCUGCUUACCUGCUGGUCACUCAGCCAGUCCUGGGGUGUCCUGCACCCAGGCUUUUUACUCUUUUUGAACAUUAUUGUUCUUACUAAGAGGUGCCUUCCUAGAAUGAUAGCCGCUUAGUAAAAUAGCUUAUAACUAUUACAUAGCACACAACUGCUCUUGUUUGAUAUACAUACGUGUGCUGAGAGCUUGAAAGUGAUGGCAGAUUUAGUGGAGGAAUAAAUUCUGAGCCAAUCUACUUCGGGGCUACGGAACAAAUGAAUAAUAGGAGGCUCUUGGAUGUUUUAACCAAUGCAGGUGACCCUUUCACUCAGUUUUCUCUGAAUUGCAUUUACAAGUUCGAUUCACUCAGCUACCACUCAGCUGUGCACGCUCCGUAGAAUACACAGGAGAUAGGUCCAAAUCCAGACCUGAGGCUAAGAUAAGUGGGGGUGCAGAAGCCACAUUCUUCUUCAAAGUAGCGUGUCAAAGAACACCUCCUCUUGAAAGGGUGACUUGAACCCUUCUUGCUUGAGAAUGGCUCACCCAGCUGAGAGAGGAGGACCAACAGGAAGAAAAUUAAAUUAGAAUCCACAUCUCUCCCCCUUUUUCUGGCCUUCCAUUCAUAAGAUCUGUUGUUUGCGGAUGGCAAAAUUAAUGUUUAUUUUUACCUUUGUCACUUCUGGUCCUUUAGCUUAUUUUAAAUCCAGCUUCUUUUGGCUUUUCUCCAUGUGUUCACCAAGCUUAAAUUUUAAAUUGUAAGAUCGGGUUUCUCCCUCUGUAAGUGGAUUAUAAACAUUUUCACCCAAUCAUGACAAUACUCCAGCUUUCAGACCUGACUUCCUAGAAGCCUGGAGUUAGCAGGGGGAUCCCUGGAUACCAUUCUCUGAGAAUGGCAGUGUGGGUAAAGAUGAAUUUACAUGAAACAGCAGCAUACACACCUUUUUGUUUUCCGGUGUUAAGCUAGUCGUCUUCCCUACCUAAUGAAUCAUCGUAGUUUUAUGAUUUCUUCCGCAUGUUUUAUGUUUAUUGUAGAAAUGUUUAUAUAACAUAUGCUUUCCAUAUCAGGGAUAAUCAUAUCUGUUUAAUAAAUUGGCUAUAAAUUUAAUAUCUGUGGACAACUUGUAAAGUUUGGAAAUGUAUCAUAUGUAAAAAGUUUAAAGAUAUUCAAAUAAAUGCUUUAGGUGUUGACAUUA